AGUGUAUUAAUCUGCGUGGUAUCAUCUGUCCUAUCUGAUCUGAGAACAAUUUGGUUUUUCCUCAGUUAUACCAUAAGUAUCUUAAUUGUGAGAAUACAUGAUGAAAACUCUAAUACUGUUUUUUACAACCUUAUGUUACAUUACCCAAACAUGGUGUUAUACUGUGACAUCCCAAAGCAAGGAAUUGGAUUUUCCCAUUCAGACCUUGAACAGAGAAAAUGACAACACUUUUACCAGAAUUACCAAAAACAUAUCCAAAAUAAUUCACUGUCCGACUGGUACUAAAUUCAGCGCAUCUGAAAUGAUAUGUGUCUUCCAGGAUUCGUUCGAAACGGAUCCUUCAUCAACAAACAAACUAACUGAUUGUGAACAAAGUCAAAACGGCGCAACACAGCCCAAUCCAGAUAAUUGUAGAUCCUUUAUACUAUGCGGUCCAUCUGGUGCCUACGAAAUGGACUGUCCGGCCAAUUUGAUCUUCAACAAGGACCUGGGAGUGUGCGAUUUUCCUCAAACCCACUGCUGUUGUGAAUACAAAGAAAAAAGACCAAGUAUUUUAACAAAUUACAUGUAAUAAAUAAAAACAAAGUCAUAUAAA